AUGCACGCAGCUUUUGAAAGUGGGUGGACUCUCGCAAUGGCUGGACCAUGGUGGGCACGGUGGGGACUGGGGAGCACGACGGUGGCGGUGGAGUCGGACUACUUUGUGGCGCUGGGCGUGGUGUUCAAGAACGACGCGCCACUGGCCAAGCCGGGCGCCAAGGGCGGCCAGGCGGUGGCUCUGCGCCUCUUCGGGACCAAGGCGGCGCUCUUCAACUGCACCGUCGACGGCGGCCAGGACACGCUGUACGACCACAAGGGCCUCCACUACUUCAAGAGCUGCCUCAUCCGGGGCAGCGUCGACUUCAUCUUCGGCUUCGGCCGCUCCUUCUACGACGGCUGCCGGAUCGAGUCGGUCGUCAAGGAGGUGGCCGUGCUCACGGCGCAGCAGCGCACCAAGUCCAUCGAGGGCACCAUCGACAGCGGCUUCUCCUUCAAGAACUGCAGCAUCGGCGGCGUCAAGGGCGGCCAGAUCUACCUCGGCCGGCCCUGGGGGGACUCGUCGCGGGUGGUCUACGCCUACACGGAGAUGGGGGAGGAGGUGGUGCCCAUCGGCUGGGACGGCUGGAACGUCGCCAAGCCGGAGAGCAGCGGCAUCUACUACGGCGAGUUCAGGUGCUCCGGCCCCGGCGCCGACGCCAAGAAGAAGAAGCGGGUCGGCUGGGCGCUCGACCUCACCGAGGAGCAGGCCAAGCCCUUCGUCGGCACGCACUACAUCUUCGGCGACUCGUGGAUCCAGCAGCCGUCGCCCUACGGCAGCAACGCACCAGCGGCGGCCAAGAAGGAGAACAGCACGACGACGGCGGAUGAUCAAGAGGCAGAGGCGCCAACAACGGCGGAAGCAGCCGGUACGAAUAAGACGUCGGCGACGGCGACGAAAGACGCCAAAGCAGCGGGGAAGACCUCAGGGGCGACGAAAUACGCGGAGGAGGAGACGAGUACGCCGGCGGCGGCGUCAAAAGACGCAAAGGCGGAGAAGACGACAUUGGCGGCGAAGAAAGAAGGCGAAGAGGAGACGAGUACGUCGGCAGCAGCGUCAAAAGAUGCAAAGACAGAGAAGACGACAUCGGCGGCGACGAAAGACGCCGAAGAGGAGACGAGUACGUCGACGGUGGCGUCAAAAGACGCAAAGGCGGAGAAGACAACUUCGGCGGCGGCGAAAGGCACAAAAGAGUAGUAGGCAUAUGUAUACUCCCUCCUUCCCUGUUUAUAAGGCAUGGUGGAACAUGACACGGUCUUCUAAACAA